AAAUAUUUUAAAAAUUCAGUAAAAACAAAAAAAUACGGAAAAUAAGAAAGUAGAAUUUUCUGAAAAGUGUUUUUUGAAAAGUGGAAACAAGCAAGGUGAAUAUUUUUUUAAAUUUUAAUAUUCAUUACCCUGCUGAUGUGUGUUUCCUAGCAGAGUUAUUUGUGAUUAGUCAUUUUCCUAGUGCAUUGGUUUACUUGGUUUAGAUUAUUUUUAAUAGAGCCAAUUGGAGGCCCCAAGUAAUUGGAACAUAGAGUUGACUUUUGUGAUGAUGGUGGGUAAUGGAAGAAUGAAUGUACUUCAUCAAGUUCUUAUUGUGUAAAUUUUUCUAUAGAGCAAGUUGAGAGGAAAUUUAAUUGAGAUUUAUAGACAAAAUAAUGGACAAGAAGAUAGAGAAAAAAAAAUAACUAUUGCCAAAAAUUAGUCUUAAUGUUAAGUUAAUAAAAUUGAUUUAACUCAUUCUGUUCAAUUUGGCCCUUUUUCAAAUGUGUGGCUAGGUCGUGAUCUUUGUGUUUUACUAUAAACUCUUAAUAGAUCAAUGUCUUUUGUGUAUUUUACUGGUUGAGAGCUCUGUUUCUGCUCCUACGGAUGGACAAAACACCCGUGGUCUAACAAUGGCAUCCAAGCACCCUCCGAUAUAGUCUGGCAUCUAUCCAAUUUUCACACCAAACUAUGAGAUAACUAUCGUCUAUCAUUUUGUGUAUCUCACAGAUUACUGAGUCACCAAUAUUUCUACCUUCUAAAACCGCAGAGAAAUGCAAUCUUUCUAAUAUAACAUCAAAAUCUAUAGGAUAAAGCACAGUAAGCAAGCAUUCCAUAGCAAAAGUCAGAGUCCUUAUUUUAACAAAAUGAUAAAUAAUAGAUGAACAACUCAAAUCAUAUGUUAGCCUUCUAAGAAACCUUCUGAUUGAUUAGAACUUCAGUUUAUGCUUGUCCCUAGACCUUUUCAUUUGGAUUUCCAAGAAAAUGGUGUUAAUCAUUAUCUUUGGUUUGCCAGGAAAGAGCAUUAGGGAAGGGCACUGAAGCCCUUCCUUUGCCAGCAUUCUCAAACAGGGCAUGGCAAAUGCAAAGCCAUAGCAUGGUGUUGAAGUCGACUGUGGUUGAUAUCUUCAUAGAGCUUUAAUUCAUAUAAUGAACUAUGUUGAACUAUUAAGUGAAAGGACUAUAUUAAGUGAAACUGGAAGAAGCCCUAAAUGGCUACUGCCCAGACUCCUGAAAAUAAAGAAAUAUCCCGUGAACAACAGAUAUUCAUCAACAGGAUUAUGCUUGGCUACUAGAAAUGGUGGGAUUAGGCAGCAGCUUCACGGGAUUGGUGACAAAGACAGUGUGGUUAUUGUUGACCAUGGUUCACGCAUAAAAGAAUCUAAUCUUAUGCUAGGAGUUGGCAGAACCAUCAAUAAGAGAUGCAUUUGGUUUGUGCGUUCAACAAGGGGCAAAUCGUGUGAUUGUAAGCCCAUUUUUAUUGUUCCCUGGACGGCAUUGGCACCAGGAUAUUCCUUCCUUAACAGCUGAAGCUGCGAAAGGGCACCCAGGCGUGUCAUAUAUCGUAACUGCACCUCUUGGCUUUC